CGUCACCGGCACCCCGCCACAGAUCCAUCCCAUCCGGGCCCAGGCCUGCCUUAGAGAGAUUCCCGCAGCCGCAGCCGGCCGAAGCCGAUCGCGCGUCCACGCUGCCGUUGCCGGCUGGGGAAGGCAAGCAAAGCAGCAGCAGCAGCCGCCGCCGCCGCGUCCCCACGCCGCACGCGAUUCGCGCCUCCGCGACUCCUCCUCCAACCCUAGGACGAGCUGCGAUUGCAAUUCGCCCCAGCCCGAAUCGAUCGAGCAGAGACCCUUUCCUCUCCCCGCUCCCCCGGCGGCACGUCGAGCGGCGAUCGCCAUGGAUCCGCACGCGCCCUUCGACCACCCGCACCACCGCCGCGGGCACCCCGGCCACCACCACUACCUAGACCAGCACCACCUCCACCACUUGCCCGGCGGCGGCGGCGGGGGCGUUGCCCCUUCGCGGUCUAGGUACGACUCCCACCCGAUCCCCUACCUUCCUUCCGACCACCACCCCCUCCCGCGCGCCCACCACCACCAGCCGCCCCCGCCGCCGCCUCCACCGCCCCAGCCGCUGCCCCCUCCGCCGCCGCCCGCCCCGCACCACCGCCACGACGCCCCCCACUACGCCACCCUCCCGCUCCGCGCCCCGCCGGAACCCUACUCCCCACCGCCGUACCGCAACCCCACCCCUCCCCACUACCCCUACCACCAGCAACGCCACGGCGGCGGCGGCGGCGACGACGACUUCCGCGCCGCCGACGAGAUCCGCCGCGGCCCCGGCCACCCCCACCCCCACCCCCACCAUCUGCAGCCGCAGCACUACCACCACCAGCAGCCGCAGCACCACCACCAGCAGCCGCCGCUCUCGUGGGAGGAGGCCGAGGAGGAGGGGCGGCGCUACCCUGCCCACCAGCUCAGGGGGGUGUCGCCGCCCGGCACGCGCAAGAGGUACCGCUGCGCCAUGCACGACUCGGGUGACCUGGAGAGCACGUCCAGCUCUGGCCCGCCUCCACGCCGCCAGAGGCAGCAGCUGCACCCAAGCUACUCGCCAACUCCGGAAGACAGUUUUGUAGAUAGGGCAAUUAGUUAUUCUGGUUACAGCAGCCACGAGGGCUUUGUAACUCACAGUGACAGUAAUGGUAACAGAAAGAUGCCGAUGUCCACGUCGGCUAUGCUACCUGGCUCGCCUAACUCCUUGGGUGCUGGGUAUCCGAGGCGCGCCCCACAGGUCGCCCCUGCGAGAGUGUCUGUGUGGCAGCGAAUUGAGGAGAAUCCCUCAGUGUAUGCGCCGCCUUCUCCAAGGAAAGUGCAUAUUUCACCGAGUAAGACCAAGAACUCCUUGUCCGCUACAAAGGAAUUGGCCAGCAUGAUUUCUUUGGAUUGCAAGGCAAAGAGUAAUGAUAAGGAUAGUGGUGAUAGUGCAGGAGUGAAGAAGAAUGCAGUGAAGACAAAUGAGAAGGUGCUGGCUUCAGUUCUUGUAAAGCCUUCAUCGGAGGCCAAGGAAAAAGAAAGAGCUGUAAAUAAGGUUACCAAGAAGUCUGAUAAUAAGGUUACCAAGAAGCCUGAUAAGGUUGAGAAUAAUAUACCGGGGUUCACUAGUGGUGGUGUGAGAUCAACCGCUCUUCCUAGGGCUGGUGGGAAGAAAGUGAAAAAGAUAGUCAUCAAGAAGAUUGUUAGGAAGAUUGGCCCCAAAGAUAAACAAACUAGUAGUCCAAUCGUGUCAGAAAAGAAGGAUGCCAGUGAUGCAAAUGCAAACACUUCUGAGAAGGAAGAAGGUGAGAUCACAUCAUCAUCUUUUGAGAAGGAUGCUAUUUCUGCACACAAUUUGGUCAGCACUAGUGAUACAGCUGGAGUUGGUAACACUGUGGAAGUCCAAAAGGAACAAAAUAAUGACUUGGUGAAUCUGAGCAAGAGCAAUGCUGCUCCAACCAUUGCAGCUAUGGAUACUCUUGAUACAGCGAGUGUUAGCAGGAGAGAACAUCCUGGAAAAGAAGAUGAUAAGAGCUUCAUGAAUUCAGUUGAUGGUAAUGUUUCAUCAGCCAUUGAAUCUACUAAAACAUUUGGCACAACUGGUGAGCAUCCUGGGAGAGAAGAGGAAGGGGGUUUCAUUGAUUCAAGUGGUCUAAAUGCUGCUUUUCCUUGUGAGAAUAAUAAUUCUCAGAAGGAAGAGGGUGGUCAAAUUCUGGCAGUUUCAGGUGCACUCAAUGUUACAAGUAACCCCCCAAGGAUGCUUGAUGCUGUGAAACCACAUGAGUGUGAAUUGGAGAACAUUGAGAACAAAGUUCCUGAGGUCCUGAGUGGAAACAAUCCUCAUAGAGGUAAAGAUGAUACCGAAGUAUUUAGUGGAAGUGGGAAUGGCUGGAGGGAAGAAGGGAAUUUCCUUGUUAAUGAUUCCAUUAGAAGACCUAUGACAGCUGAAGUUCUCAUGACAGUGAACAAGGAUGACAAUGAAAAAGAGGGUAUGAUUCUGAUGGGUGCGAGUGAAGUGUGUAUUGCUUCUUUAGGGGAUUCUGAGGGAGCUCCCAAUAUACAAGAAGCCGUUGUUACUCAGGGUGCCCGUAAGGAAGAAGGUAAUAUGCGUAACAACCCAAGAGAAAAAGAUGUGUUAUCUGUUAGCUCCUGGGGAGCCCUUGAUACUCUGGACAUUAGUGUUAAUGAGAAUAAGGAGAAAGAGUGUAGAAUGCCCAUUGAACCAAGUGAAGCUACUGCUUCUUUUACACAACAAGUGAAAGCUUCGAAUACACUGGAAGUUGGUGUUAUUGAGAAUGUUCAUAAGGAGAUACAAAUGCCCAUUUGUUCAAGCUCAUCUGAAAAAAUACAGUGCCCCAAAGCUCCCAGUACAGCAGAAGUUGUUAUUAGUAAGUUUGUUCAGAGUGAAGCAGGCAAGAGCCCUACAGAUUCAACCGGAACGUAUGUAGGAACUUCAGAUAACUCUGAGUAUGCUCCAGAAUUUGUUGUAGAGGGUAGAACUGAAGAUAGCAGCAUGCUCCAUGAUGCAAGAUCUGCUUUAAGUAAGUCAGAUAUCCCCAGAGAUGUUGUGAAUACAGAGUUCUCUGAUCUGCGGCCAUCUAGAGAUAUAGGGAGCAGAAUUCUGCCAUCAUUGGAUGAUGAUCGUAUGAAGGAUUCCUCUGGUGCUGUUAGUUUGAAUAAUGGUGUAGGAAGGAAUACUACAUCUCAAGUAGCAGAACUGGCACAUCUUCAUAGAACCCAUCUGUCUCCUGAUAUCAAUUUCUCCUUACAUUCCCAUGAUUCACCAUCUAUAUCUGGUUAUAGUGAGCAUUCUGUUCCUACAGCUUUGACCCUCGGUAAUAAUAUAUAUUUCAGUAGCGCAGAGAGUGAAGGACAUCCUGAGGAAAACCAUAAGCUAGUGGAAGAAAACCAAGGAUUUGAUGCCAACAAAAGAAAGGGUGAAUCUGGCAGUGACUUGAUCAAUGUAGGUGUUCAGAAUUGGUUGACUUUACCCCUGACAGUCAGUUAUGCGAAUAAUGAUGCUACUGGCAGUACUGAUAUGUUAGAUUUGGACCAGAUUAUGGAUGAAGGGGCUUCUGUCUGUCAGGAUCAUGAUAGUAUGCCAGAAAUGAAGCAGCAUGGGAGUAUUGAUGCUUUGUCUGGCCAGGAUGACAACCUUAAUCUAUGUGGUAGAAAUACACAUGAGUCAGACCUGUUGGCAACUAAAGAGAGAAAUAAGGAUGUUGAGAAUGAGAGUGAGAUCAUUCUCCCAGGUACUGUUAAUUUUGUAAAUGUUUUAGAUCAAUACAGCAUGCACGCAGUGGAUGAACCUAUAGAUAAACCCAUUCUCUUAUCUUCACAAGCCAUUGAUGCUCCAGGUGGAGAGUUAGCUUCUUCUCAGGUAUAUGUUGAUCCAGAUCACACCUAUCACAGUAAUGCUGAGGAUUCUGUGGCUGUGUCAAUCACAAAGCCUGAUUCGUUAUCUUCCUGGAUUGAAGCCAUUGUGUCAGAAGCUAAAAAGGAACAUCAAUUAUGUAGAUCCACUCUACCUUCUAUCAGUUCUCCAGACAAGGUAUUAGCACCAAAGGAGGUUAGCAGGAAGGCAGUGUCAGAUUCAGUAGUCAGUUCUGUUGUAAAAUCUCCACCCAGAGUUAAUAUUGCGAGCUCCACGGUUUUGAAGGUUCCUACUAAGCAAGUGGCUUUGCCCAGCUCAUUGCGAGAGCCUCCUCGCAUAAACCAGAGUGCAAGGCACAGGACAUGGCGUCGUGACAAUGUUUCAUCUUCUAAUGCAUCUUUGCAUGUUUCUCAGCCUUCAGGAUUGCCCCCUAAACUGCCUGUAAAGAAGAAUGGCAAAAGUCAAAACUCUUAUAUCCGCAAGGGUAAUGCGCUCAUUAGAAAUCCAGCCACUGGAAAUCACCCUCAUUCUUCUUCAAACCUAGAUGCUCAAAAUAAGUUGAGUAAGCCUGUUAUGAGGAGAAGCUUGAACUUCGUCAGGAAAGUUGAUUCAAAUGACGUUGUGGCACGCACUAAUGUUUCAGUUGAAAGACCCAAGACUCCCCCUUUGCCACUUCACACCAAAUCCAUCAGUUCUGCUGUGAAUCUUUUGGAGCCAGUGUCUCAGACUUUGCAGAAGCAGCAGGUUCUUGAAACUGAAAAGGAAGAUUCUAGUGCGCAGGUAAACUCGGGUGUUGAUAACCCACUCAAUAUUUUGCAUAAGCCUGAACUCCUGGAUGCUGGUAAAGCAGUUAAUGUAAGACCGAAGUCAAAUCAACUAGCUGCUGCACAGGUGCAACAUCCUGGUGACUCAAGUAACAGUUCGAUGGAUAAGGUUUUGUUGCUGCAGCCAUCAACAUCUGAUCUCUAUUUCAAGAAAAGGAAAAAUCAGAUUAUUUUGGGCCCCUCUACUUCAGAUGUUACAGGUGCAAAAGAUAUUACUCAGGCUGAGAAUAUAAAGUCAGGUGAGAGUAAAUCUCUAAUGUUUGCAUCCGCCAACCAUAAUAUGACUGUGGCCAAGGACAGACCACACAAAGCUCUUCAGAUGACAAAUGCUGUGGGAAGUUUCUCUCAUGUAUGGACACUCAGUGGACAACAUCCGCGGAAAUCUUUUGUGGGAACUAGUCAUAUGAAGGUCUUCCCUCGUAUACUUCCAUGGAAAAGAAAAAUAUUCUGCCAGAACUUCAGAAGCAGUUACUCUUCAUUGUUGAAUACAAGCUCGUUAGGGAUAGUGAGAAAACUAUUGCAAACAAGGAAGAGAAGUACUAUUUAUACUGUCUCGACUGAUGGAUUCUCUCUUCGGAAAUCUGGAGUGUUAAGUUUAGGCGGAUCAAGUUUGAAAUGGUCAAGGUUCCUUGAGAAACAUUCUCAAAAGGUUAAUGAGGAAGCUACACUGGCAGUUGCUGAAGUUGAAAGAAAGAAAAGAGAAAAGAGAAAGCGGCAGUCUCUCCGUAACAAGGGAAGGAAUGAUCAAUACUCUGCACUGGUUGCUGCCAAUCAAUUAAGAAAUAACAACAGAUCAUCUUCAGAUUCCAGGGUGUCAUCAACUUGCAAUGAAUAUGUGCGUGUUAACAAAGGUAACCAACUGGUUAGAAAUCCAAAGAAAGUAAUCCGCAUGCUAGCAAGUGAGAAAGUUCGAUGGAGUUUGCACACUGUCAGAACACGCUUGGCAAAGAAGCAGCAAUAUUGUCAAUUCUUCACUCGCUUCGGCGAGUGUAAAAAAUCUGGUGGCAAGUGUCCCUAUAUUCAUGACCGAGCUAAGGUGGCUAUUUGUACUAAAUUUCUUAAAGGCUUGUGUUCUAAUACUAGUUGCAAACUGACUCACAAGGUCCUUCCAGAAAGAAUGCCAGAUUGUUCUUACUUUCUGCGAGGGCUUUGUACCAACACAGCCUGUCCCUAUAGGCAUGUGAAAGUGAACUCAAAUGCUCCUGUUUGUGAAGAUUUUUUGAAGGGAUAUUGUGCUGAUGGCGAUGAGUGUCGUAAAAAGCACAGCUAUGUAUGCCCUGUCUUUGAGGCGACAGGAGAGUGCCCACAAGAAUCAAGAUGCAAGCUUCAUCAUCCCAAGAAGAAAAACAAAUCCAAGAGAAGCAGAGUAGACACCCUCCAAAACAACAAUUGGGGCAGGUAUUUUGACACAAGCAUUGACCAUGGAAGUGGGGCAAGGGUAGUUUCUUCAGAGGAAGAUGAGAGACAGAAGCCGGAGCAAGUCUCUGGUGAUGACUUUGUUGCUGACUACAUUGACCUUGGUGCCGAUAUUGAAGUUGAUGGAGAUGUGGAUGCUUCAGAUGAUAUACAGCUGAUGGAAUUGGACUCAGGGAAUCUCAAGAUGCAGGCUGACAGUCUUGAUGCACGAAUCAAGCCACUUCGGAUCAUGAGAACAGCAAGAGUUUGACAGUUUCUUCCACAGGACUAGAUACAGCUGCAGUGUUCUUACUGAGUCAGGGCGAUAAUAUUACACUGUACAUGAAGACUUGAAGAGGCUGAGGUGCUGACUGGAGUGUCUAUCUCUUGAAGACUGGCUUAUACAGGGCGAUCAGUUUUUGCUUGGUUGAAGGUUUGAUUUUGUACAUCUCUUAGGAAAUGUAUAGGUUCAUAUGCCAGUAGUAGAGCGGUGACUUACUUGCUGUAUUACCUGUGUAUUUUCAACAUUACCCAGAGUUGAAUGUAACAAACAGUCAUUUACAGUUGUAAAGAGAAAAUAGAAAUUUCUUUUUUA